CUCCUUCCUGCGGGACUUCCCCGCUCCGCUGGGCCCGGCGGAGCCGCUUCCCUGGAGCGCGGCGGGGAGCGGCGCCCUGAGCAAGGCGGAGGUGCCGGGCGCGCUGGCCGAGCGGGCCAGGGGCCUCCUGGGCGGCAGAGGUGUCUCACCGCUUCUCGCAGCAUCGUUGAUCCACGCUGCUGUUGAUGAAGUCCUCCAAACAGACUUGACUGAAUUUAAGCAGCAAAGUGUGGAAACAGAGGGAGAAGGAGAUGAGGAGAGUUUCACCUUGUUGUUUUGUCUCUGUGCUGUCAGUGCUGGACGGAGAGCUGCUGCAGCGCUGCUUCUUCAACAAGCUGCGGGAGGUCUGCCUGGAGUGGCAGAAGCAGUUGCCACCCCUGAGGCCGCUGAAGCGCUUCCUGCUGGUCUCCAUCCACGCCAUCCGCAACACGCGACGGAAGAUGGAGGACCGGCACGUUCUGCUCCCAGAGUUCAACCAGCUGUUUGGUUUAUCAGAUGACGUUGAUCGCGCUUACUUUGCGGUAUUUGACGGCCAUGGUGGAGUGGAUGCUGCCAAUUACUCAGCAACCCAUUUACAUGUGAAUGUGGGGCUACAUGAAGAGAUUGUUAAGAAUCCAGCUGAGGCCUUGAAAUGCUCUUUCCAGAAGACAGAUGAAAUGUUUCUUUUCAAAGCCAAAAGAGAGAAGCUGCGGAGCGGUACCACGGGAGUGUCUGCCUUGAUUGUGGGCAACGACCUGCACAUUGCCUGGCUGGGGGACUCGCAGGUGAUGCUCGUGCAGCAGGGAAAAGCUGUGACACUGAUGGAACCUCACAAGCCAGAAAGAGAAGAUGAGAGGGCGCGCAUUGAGGCGCUGGGCGGCUGCGUGACGUACAUGGACUGCUGGCGAGUUAAUGGCACCUUGGCUGUUUCCAGAGCAAUUGGUGACAUAUGUCAGAAACCUUACGUCUCUGGCGAUGCUGACGGGGAUUCAUUUGAGCUGACUGGUUCUGAGGAUUACUUGCUCCUGGCCUGCGAUGGGUUCUUUGAUGCCGUCAAGCCCUAUGAGGUUGUAGACUUGGUCCUGGACCACUUAAUGCAGAGCGAAGGAGUGGGUCUCCACGCAGCAGAGCGGCUGGUGGCUGCUGCGAAGGAAAACGGAUCCAGUGACAACAUCACGGUCCUGGUGGUGUUCCUGAGGGAUCCUCAGGACAUCUUGGCUGACUGUCUCAGAGACCCCAAGGGCCUCGGUGCUGGUGAUGACGCUCGGAGCUCACCCUUCAAUUUCCUCAGCUGUGAGGCAGCAGCCACACAGUGACAAAAUGUACUUAAUCCAGAACGUUCAGUUAAGUUCACGUAAGGAACUGCUUUCCACUGAAGAAGCCUCUAAUACAGUAGGCAAAAUGUGUCAGGCAAAAAAUGACAAAUGGACAAACAUUUAGCAGAAAGGCGAGACUCCUUUUACUGAGUUCACAUUUGUCUUCUCCUUUCUUCCCUCUCCCUUCCAAAACCCUGAGCAGAUGUGGAGCUCUGCACAGCUGCCCUGUCUCUGGGAGCAGAUGCUAGAGUGUGUCCAGGGCUUCUGGUCAGGUCCUUCUGCCCUGGAAGUGGUAAGAAACUGUGAUAUGUAUAAGCUAAUGGGUGAGAAUACCCGUUUGUGAAUUUCGAGUGAAAACUUCUAUUAGCGCUUACAAAGAAUGCUGUAUGUUGUGUUUAAUUGUGGUGUUACUGUGGAGACUGGGAGGAGAGAAGCUGUCGCCAUUGCAGAGGAGCUUGGUCCCACCCGUGGUCCGUGGGGAUGGACUCGGUGUGUGAGGGGCUGGGUGGCACCACGCGGCUCCCUAAGUUCCUCCUGUUCUGUACCAAAGAUGGUAUGAAAUGAGGCGGUCUCUAUUCAGAGACAGUCGUUUGUGUGUGCAUGGAGAGGAGAAAAUGAAAGUGAAUGCUCCAGAAAAAAGAGCAAGAAAUAUCCCAGGCAAAAUGUACAGAAUCGGCUGCUUCUGGGAUGCUCUGGUUUAUAAACUGGAAUCCAAUAUUUAACUGCACUGGGUUGUUUCUCCCUCACAAACAUGCUUUAUUGGCUAUUUGGCAAUCUGGAAAGAAAGGACCCUUAUUGUUGUAUUUGAGAGAGAUCUUUACAGUAUGUAUACUCUAGCAGUUAAAUAUGCUCUGUUUCUGCCACUUUUUUGUGUACUAUACAAAGGAGAAUUUUAUUUUUAUUCUAAGCAUUUAUUUGUUUAUUUACUGAACUUUACAGUUGGAGGAAUUUUUUGCAGUGUUAUUUUAUUUUGUUGUGGUUUUUAUUUAAACUAGAAUUUUAAAGUGGCUGUGUCUUUAUUACCUGCGUUUAAAAACUGACUACCCUCAAGUGCCUUAAAUAUUUCACCCAAGGAUUGCUGGCUUCCUGUCAUAUUCUGGUGAGCCAGUUUAUGGUGGUUUUAGAAUGUGACUCUUUUUAUUUCCUUAAAACUGGUGUUUAAUGCACUUAAAUAUUUCAUUUUUGUGAAUGAUUGUAGUGGGAACUAGGUUUCAAGAAAACAUCUUGUCCAUUCUUGCCAAAUCUUGUGGCUUGUAGUAGAAAGUUCCACAAUAGUGACUGUGACUUACCCCCUGCCCGUGCAAAAAAGCGCCACUGAGUUAAUCAUAAAGUAACAGUCUGAGUCAUCCUGGCUUUUGUUUAAAAACAAAUACGCUUCUGACCUUCACAGGAAAUUUAGUAACAGGAACUAGAAACAGUUUAGUACCAGGUUUUGAUUAAUAGAUGGUUAAUUUGGCCAUACUUGAUGAGAUGUGAAGCCGAGGUGGGGAUGGAGGACUGGCAGGGAGUGUGUACAUUGUCUGUGCCUGUCGUGUCCGUUACGUGCUGGGGCUCCUGACGCCUGGCCUGGCUCACAGGACACAGCCAGAGCUGGUGUGCUAGUAAUUCCUGGUCUGAACAAGCAGUGCUUUGUGCCCGGCAGCACCACUGUGGGCCUCCUUCGGACGCGCCCGGCGUCGCAGGCUCGGUUAAAGCGUGCAGGGAGGCUGCUGCAGGAGGUGCAGGCAGCAGAGAUGGCUGACGGGGAGGAUGGAGCAGCGCUGCUGGUGUCCGCAGGGACGCUGGGCCCUGGGCUGGCGUGGGGCCGUGCGGGUACCCGAGCUCCCGGGGCUUUGGGCUGGAUGGUAGGGUUUAACACAGCACCUCGGUCACUGCCUUGUUCUGCUGUGCAAGGGCAGGAGCUUUUCCCCUGAGGAGGCUGCAAGCGCUUCUCCAUCCUGCAUUUACCGUCAGGCAGGGAGCCUGGCUGAGACGGCAGCUGGGGGUAGCCGUUGUAGUGAAUGGCCACUAGUGAGUUUUUGUAGUGAGCCCACGUCUGCUAAGGAAGCUUCAGCCUUGCCUAGUGAUCCCUCUGGAUUCACCAUCUCUUUGAUUUCUAACCCAGGUAGUCAGUGUCGUGCUACAUUAUGAUGACCACUAGUGCCUCUUCGUGUCUUGGAAACAGUUCUCAUUAUUAAUACAGAAAGGAUCAUACAGAAUUAUUUGAUUUCACUGCUAUCUGAGGUUUAUCAGGAGAGGGGGAAGCUGUUGUAUUCAUGAAGGGAGGUGUGAAAUGUUGGUGAAUUCUUAGUAUGGUUUAGUCUUUAAAUCUGCCAAACUUCCUGAAACAUGGAGGGAACUGAACAAGCCAAAUUCUUUGUAAUGUUCCCUUUAUUUCAGCCUUUCUGGGGCAGAUCUGCAUUACAGAGGAGAGAAGGUCCAAGUCUUUCAAUGGAUACUUACAUCUAUGUGAGAAUAUCCUUACUUGGUUCAAAUUUGAAAAAUUUUUUUUUUUUUUUUUUUAAACGGGACUUUGAUAGCACUUGGAGAAGCCACGAGCUGUAAUGUGUAAUACUGUUAGGAGAAGUGUCACCGGGGUGGGUGGGGAGGAGAGUGGGGAAGGGGCUCCAGCAGGAGGUUAUGAAGUUGAACUAAAGAGUCCGAAAUACGGAGCGGUGCUGUGUUUUGAAUUUAUAGUACUAAUGUGCUACAUUAGCUUUUCAUACCUUUCCUCUUAAAACGUCUGGGAUUUCUGGUGCUGGUUGUUCUGUUCUGUUUUCCUUCCCUCCUUUGGUUCAAGACAAAAUGUAAUUUUGGAGGAGAGAAUGAUCUCGCCUCUCUGGGCCUUCCCAGUGUCAUCUACAAUAUAUUAACACUUGUCCACCAACGAGAAAUUGACUAAUGACAAAUAGACUAAUUUGCUUGUUUCCUUCUUGUCUUUCUGAUGGGCCUGCAACAAAACCAGUUCUUGAUUCUAGCCAAGAUCUUUGCAGCUGUGGAAGUUAGCUGAAGGAUUCAAGACAAAUGUUUAAUGAAAAAUUAAAGUAUUUUUGUAUUUUGCUAGACUCCAAAUGAAUGCCUGCUGCUGCAUUUUAGCACCCAGCAUCAGAAAAUCUGCUCCUUAAAGCAGCCUGCAGUUUCAAAACAGAGCAUGCUUAAAUUCUUGUGUUGUGCUUGAUUGGAAACCAGCCUGAGUUGUUCUGCUCAGUGGGGACCCAGCAUCUCUCUUGCUCAUGGGUAAUUCUUAUUUCUACCUUUCUUUCCCUUCCCUCUCCUGCAAAGAAACACACCAAAGGCAGUGAAGUCUUCUGGGUCUGACAUAGACAAGAUUACAAUUUUACAAAUGACAUUUGUUGGGGGGGGUUGUUUUUGGGGUGUUUUUUGAGAAUAGAGAGGAUAGAAAUGCAGGAAAAUUUUUGGAACUGAUGGAGAUUAAGUAAAAUCCACCCUCUGAAUGAUGGAGGAGUGAAAGAGAGAGACAGGAAUGCAUUUAAGUAUUAUUAAUGCCUAUUUUAAAAAGGAAGUGGGCUGGAAAAUAGAGCUACAAAUGUCAGUUCUUUAGAGUGAAAUACCAGCGCUUGAAAGAAUUAGAAACACACCCAUUAAAAAGGCAAAACCGAGAUGUGGUGACUCUGUCUUCGAACAGCCAAGGCAGGAAUGGCAGUAAAAGCGUCUGAGGUCGUGUCACUGCCUGAUGGUGACCCCCUGGUGCUGCCGUGGGGCUGGUCCUGCCGGAUGGCAGGUUCUGCAGGUCGGCUGGUGAGGUGCUGCCGGGGAACCGGUCCCUGCAGCCGCUGCCCUGACGCCUCGUAAUGAGCCCGCGUGGCUGGGGAGGAAUUGGGCACCGAGCGGCUGCAGCAGAGUUGGCAGCUGAACACUGUUAAUCACAGUGAUGACUUUAAUAGCAUUUAAUAGACGCUUAUCUGAAUUCAAAGUCAGAUGAAAUGCUGCUCUUCUUAAAAGCAUUUCCAGUGCUAUUAGCUUUUUGUCAUGAAAAGCCACUGAAAUUUCCAUUUUGUUGUUGGAUGUUGGGAAGAGUGCCCCUCCUGCUCUCGGAGUGCUGGGGAGAGGGUGGCUGGCUGCACUGGAGCACCCGUGCUCAGUCGGUGGCAUAAAGCAGCUGUUUGGGGUUAAAACUCCCCUCCCAGGCAAUCCUUUAAAAACUGACAUAAAGCCGCUUCUAAAGAAUGUGGCCGAGGAAUGGGGGGUAUUUCUGAAUGGUGUGGCACAGGUGGUCACCAGCCACUGCCCUCAGUCUGUGAUGGGCACAAACAGUUAGUCGAGUGUGAGAAUGUUGGUUAAAUUCCUGGUGUGCUUGUGCUGCUGGUCCUUGAUAGCCCAGACUGGGCUAUUUCUGACAGUCCUGAAGUAGCUGCAGGGAGAAGGGGGAGAUGUGAGCCACAGCAGGGCACGUUGCAGGUGAUUCAAAUAUAAUUUAGCUCUAGUUAAGCCUGAAUUAAAUUUUCCUGCUUAGUUCUAUCACUGUCCCUUUUAUAGUCGGGCCAGAAGCAUCAGACAAAACCCCACUGGGAAGUGAUGGUCCCUUCCCCUUCUUGAGGGGCAAAACCUCCUGAUGGACAGAACAUCCGUCAGGAAGGGGGUCACCUUUCCAACUGACCCCAACCCGUGGCUGGUCCUCCCUGGGCUCCUGCCCAGCCAUCAGACAGCCCGGGGAGCGCUUGUUCAGCAGCACUAACAGCACUGAGAGCUAACCCAGCCACCUUCUGCUCGUGUUUGGGUUGGUUUUAAUGUAUUUAUUGGAUUUUACGUUCUCUAAAGUUAUUUAUAUUGAUGUCAGCUGGAAAGUAGUCACGUGGAGACGAGGGAGUGCCUGGACCUCAACACCCAUCUGUCUUAGACACCACUUGAAAUACUACCUUAAAAUGAACAGGUAGGCUUUAGUGCUAACCUGCUCUCUCAACAGAACAGGAACCCAAAAUCUUGCUGAGAGUCACUGAGCCCUUUAUUUGGUGUGACCUGUCAGGGCCUGAACAGAAGCUGCUCGGUGCCGCUGGAUUAAUGUGUUUUUGGGGCUGUGCCUGCUGCCGCCGGAGCACAGAGAUAAACAAAAGGCAGCUGUGUUGGCAGCGGGGAAAAUUCAGCAAGAUGCAGCUUUUGUCAAACAGAAGAGGACAAAUCAAUAGGAAAAGAAAUGUUUUCAAGCUUCUUGGAAUGCAAACAAUGGAAUAAAAAAAAAAGCCUAGAAGAGUUGGCAGCACUCUGUCAUCUUAAAACCACUGUUUUAAGCAAAAGAAUUUGGCUGUUUUGUAAUGUCUGCUUUAUUUUGUUAACAAACUCCUCUCAGUCAGGGUUUCAUGUCUUCUUGUUGAUAUGUGCUUUUUAGUCUGAGGAGAGAAGAUACAUUCAUCUCCUUAUAAAGUUAAAUAUAUCUGGGCUUUAUGACUAGUUAGAUUAUGAUUAUUGAAUUUUCUCUCAGCUAUUAAGCCUGAUUACUAAUUUCCAGGAGAUAUUAAUAUAGCAAGUACUGAACGUAUUAAUGAUUAAAUGGUUCUGGAUUUCCCUGCACAAGGGCCAGACCAUCCUUUAGUGCCCCAGGCCGUGGAAGGUGGGAGCUGUGACCAUCUCCCUGCAGGAAGCAUUUAUCCCUUUACCUAAGGAAGGAUGGCUCUUUUGGGUGUCUAAGCAUAAAGAGAUAAUCACUAAGAAACCAGAGGGACCUUCUCAGGGCAAUUAAAUACUAUGAGUUCCUCUUUUGCAUGUUGCCCUUUUAACUUCAGUAGAAGGCAUUUUGCUUAGUACUGGGUGAUUAAUGUUGCUUGCUUAUUUUUUCUUUUUUCUUUCAGUGUGUCUAAUAAUAGCAAGAUGUUUGUUUUGUUGGGGGUUAAAAUUUUAUACUGCCAAAAAUAAAGGCCAGUAUGAAGUUUUAGCUUUAAGUACUUUUAACUGACUUUAACUACUUCUAACUUCCUUUUAUGAAAGUCAGUCCUGCUGUCUUCUCCGUAUUCUCUUCCCAAUUUGCUUUUUCUUCCAUCUCUUAUGUCCUUUUACAUUGUCAGCCCCCCUUGCCAAAAUGCUGUAAACUCCACUGUUAAGACAGUUAAGUUGCCCUUUUCUGAUCUUAAUUUCAUCUGUGUUCAUAGUGAAUGGGGUCGUAUCUUUGGAGGCUGCAGCACCAAGAGAGUAGGAAGUCCCAUGGCAGGUAGGAAGAUCAGAGACUGCCACAGCUGUUGGGUCUUUGGCACCCACCAGGACUGGACACAUACUGGUGUUAUUGCUGUUAUUUGCAUGUUGUUCCAUAGGAACACUUAAGCUGAUUUCAGGUAACAGUAGCUCAAUAUGGAAUAUAGGACUUCAGAAAUAGUCUUGUCUCUGUAUUUCCUUAUUCCUGCAGAUUGUUUGUGUUCUCAAAUGUUUGCACUGUUUAGAGUGAGGGAACCAGUUUUCUGCCUGCCUCCGCCCCCUCUGCUCUCCCUCUCUCCCGGUGACGGAGCCGGCAGGUUGGUGACCCCAGCAAACCCCGGGGCUGCUCAGCCCUCACCCAGCCUCUGCUCUGCGCCAUAAUCUCAGUCCCCUGCUUAGUUAGUGGUAAGUUAGACCCCUGUAACUACUCCUGCUGACUCAAAAGUGUGUGUUCUUAUCAGUAUUAAACCAGUACAAGAGCAGAACUGUUGCGCUUGGCACGUUUCUUGCCACUGUGUUGGCUAAUGAACCUUGAAUGAAAGUAAGAGGGCCAGUGAUUUUGAAAUAGGAGCCAUUAGCCAAGUGUUGUAGAGUCGUAGUCCUUAUUUAUUUUGUAUGCUAAUCUGCACUUGUGACCCUGAGCAGAAAAGCUGCAGUACAGCAGGUUUUAUAUGCUGUGGCUUAACCAGUUACCUAGUAUCUUAAAAAUCUUAUUUAAGCUGACUGGUUUUGUUCACAGGUCAGAAACCGGUUGUCAUUGAUCAUUAAAUGCUAUGCAUAUUGUACAUUCAUUUACAUGGGUUGUUCUAAUAGUGCUUGUGUGUAUUAUGCUACGUUAUCAUAUUUUUUAUAUAUCUGUAUGUAUUGCAUGAGGUUUAAUUGUUGGGUUUUUGUAUUGUCACUUUUGUACUCACACAGUGCCUCAUGUAUCUAUUUGCAUAUUGCAAGAAGUUGUUUCAAAGCAGUGAUUGGAAAGCGGUGGGGACAAGACUCUCCGCUGUAGGACCUGAUGUUUCUGAAGUAUUAAUAAAGCAUAGUGAUUUGAAGCA